GCUAUCGUGCCGCCCACUGCUAUUACCCAUGAUCCUUCUUCUUUCCCCGACGUUGCACCCGCAAUGUUCAAAAUGGAAGACCUAGAAGAAGGAGAGGACGAGGUGUACAAGGACGACGAGGAGCAGGAAAGUAACAACAGCUCUUACUGUCCCUCUGACUCAGAUUACGCUCCCCGCUACCCAUCAUCCCCAAACGACAUCGCUUCUGGCAAAAUACCAGCUCGCAGAGACCGCUCUUCCACAUAUCUUCCCGUCCCCGUCCCCAACCUCACCAAAAAAUCUCGCGGGAGAAAGGUGCCAGUAUCCGGUGGCCAAUCCAUCGUGAUGCGCAGCAAGGAUAAGAUGAAGAAAGGCAUGCGGACGUACACUUGCACAGUCAACGGCUGCGGAAAGUGCUUCGUGAGGGGAGAACAUUUGAAGAGGCACGUCCGCUCAAUCCAUACAAAUGAGAAACCAUUUUGUUGCCCAGUCGAAGACUGCGACCGAGCUUUCAGUCGAAGAGACAAUCUUGGGCAGCACAUUCGUAUCCACAAAUCCUAG